AAUGCAGUGGCCAACUGGUCGCAGAGGCCUCUGACAGGCUCGGGAGCUGUGCGCAUGCGCAGCGAGGCCGCGGAGCCUGCGCCGGGACCUCUCUAGGAGCCUGCUUCUCGCCUGACUGUAGGGAGUGAACGUGAGCGCCGCCUUCCUCUACCAGACAGCGGAGCACAGGAACCAGCGAACGAGGCGGACUCGGUGCCAGGAGCAGUGCUUUAGACUGACUUUGAAUCUGGCACAGACAGGGACACGCACUUCCGGUCCUCCGUGGGCAGCGGCCGCUUAAGCGAACGCCACCCGCUCCCCACCGGGUCGGCCGCUGCGACCGGCGCGCGGGGGUGCAGGGCACACGUGUGGCUGCGCCCGGGAACCCUCAGAACAGAGGAGCUGACCCGGCGGGUGCUGUGCAGCGUGACUCCCCGGCACGACUUUCUGUCUGUUCUCGGACCACAGAGACCCAGGCAGUUUGGAUGCGCCUGCAGCUGUGCAGUCCCGGGUUUGGACACUGACGGACCCCAGAGGCCUGGCUGCCCGCCUUCGCGUCGAGGAUGAACAGCCUGUUGCUGGGCCGUAGAGCUGGGCAGGCUGUGGUGACCCACGUCCCCGGGGAGGCCCCCCUGCGCCUCCGCCAGCGGGUUCCCUUCCGCAAGCCCUGCCCGCGAGCCGGGUGCACAGGCCUCUCCCCCCGGGGACUGCUGUGGUUUCCCUACAUUCUGGAGGCAAACAUGCCCGGGAAAAGGCCCCCAAAGGUCGUCCCAAAUGCCAAAAGGGAACGGAAAGCAAUUCCCCUCGACAUAAAAUUGGUGUUACGACGGUUUGAGGUAGGCGAGAAGCUCAGCCAGAUCGCAAAGGCCUUGGACCUUGCUGUCUCUACAGUGGCGACGAUCCGAGAUAAUAAAGAAAAAAUAACAGUGAGCUCACAAGUAGCUACUCCCUCAAGGGCCUCUCGGUUGACUCGCCAUCGAAGUGCAGCCAUGGAGACUGUGGAGCGGCGGCUGCGCCUGUGGCUGGAAGACCAGAGCCGGAACCUGCCGCCGAGUGUUGCCAUGAUCCAGGAGAAGGCUAAGAGCUUGUUCGAUGCCUUGCAGCGUGGACUAGGGGAAAGCUCUCAAAAAGAAACCUUUAGUGCCAGUAAAGGGUGGUUUGUGAGGUUCAAGGAGCGCCAUCGUUUGCCCCACUUCAAGAUGAACGGCACAGCUUCUAGCAACCAGGACACAUACCGGGAAGCGCUGAAAAGCAUCAUGGAAGACGGUGAGUACACCCCCCAGCAAGUUUUUAAUGUCGAUGAGAUAGGGCUUUAUUGGAAGAGAAUGCCUGAAGGAACGUUUAUUUCUGUGGAGGAAAAAGCUCAGCCAGGGUUUCAAUCGUCCAAAGACCGUUUGAUGCUGCUGCUUGGUGGCAACGCAGCUGGGGACUUUGAGUUGAAGCCCUUACUGGUGUACCACUCAGAAAACCCCCGGGCUCCGAAGGGGGGCUCCAAGCCCAAGUUGCCUGUGAUUUGGCGCUCAAACAGAAAGGCCUGGGCAACCAGGAGCAUUUUUCAUGAAUGGUUCACGUACUUUUUUUGUCCUGCUGUUGAAAAAUACUGUGCCAAAAAUAAUCGAAGCAACAAAGCAUUGCUCAUCCUGGACAAUGCACAUGCCACCCAGUCACUUUGAGUGGCCUGUCUGAUCAUGUAAGAGUGGAAUAUCUUCAUGACAGCACAGCCGACUCCAUCCAGCCCAUGGGUCAAGGCGUAGCCUCCACCUGCAAAGCUCACUACCUUAGAAGGACUUUUGAGCACAUGCUAGAAGCAACAGAUGGGGAGGAUACAGCUACGGUCAGGGAGUUUGGGAGAAACUACAUCUUGGAUGCUAUAGACAACAUUGCAGUAGCUUGGGAGGCACUCAGCCCAGCAACAAUGAACAGUGUGUGGGAGAAAAUUUGGCCCCAGUGUGUUCAGUUCCAGAAUUUUUCCCAAACAGAUAACAUUGCACAGCUUCAAAAAAACACUAUGACCCUUGCCAAGACUCUGGCUUUUGAAGAGCUUGUGGAAGCUGACGUGGACCAGUUGCUACAGUCACACGAGGAUGCUCUCUCUAGUGAGGAGCUGAUGCAGCUGGAACAGGAGCCAGCAGGAGAGGAGGAGAGUGAAGACACUCAACCUGUUCUGCGUCAACUAACCACAGGAGAACUCUGGGCAGCCCUCUCACAUUUUGAGGCUGGCUUACAGAUCCUUACCAGUAGCAGUCCCGAUGAUGGGUGGAAACUGAAAGUUUCGAGAGCGAUCGGUGGUGCCAUAAAUUGCUACAGGGAAUUGUACAAUGAGAAAAAGUGACGCUUAAAGCAACUAUCUUAGGUUGUUUUUCAGUGUGUGUAACCAAAAGUUAAAGUAAAGCCAGAAGCAACAAAAUGACCUCAAUGGAUAAGGCUCAGCCAAGUCUCUCUGCUUCCAGAGAUUUAACAUCCCUGAAAACCCUAUUUCUGAUAUUUUAAUUUUGAGACUUGAGUAUAAAAUUUUGUCAAUAAAAUUUUAUUUAAAUA